CUUGAGAACGCCACUCAGCCUUAGGGUUCUAUAGCGUACUUUUCUGCUCCACUCUCUUACUACAGUCAACAAAGUUGCAGCAGCAGCAGCCAUGGUUGCACCAACUAGAGGUCGUGGAGGUGGUGGAUUCAGGGGUGGUAGAGGAGAUGGUGGAGGAAGAGGAGGACGAGGUGGCAGAGGUGGUUUUGGCGGCGGUAGAGGUGGUGGAGGAAGUGCAAUGAAGCGCGGCGGAGGAAGAGGAGGAGGAGGUAGAGGAGGCGGAGGAAGAGGCGGAGGAAGGGGAGGACGUGGAGGUGGGUUUAAGGGUGGUAAUAAGGUAAUGGUGGAGCCACAUAGACAUGGAGGUGUGUUUAUUGCUAAGGGUAAGGAGGAUGCUCUUUGUACUAAGAAUUUAGUGCCCGGUGAAGCUGUCUACAAUGAGAAGAGAAUCUCUGUUCAGAAUGAAGAUGGAACAAAGGUUGAAUAUAGAGUGUGGAAUCCCUUCCGUUCUAAGUUAGCAGCUGCAGUUCUUGGAGGAGUUGAUGAUAUCUGGAUAAAACCUGGUGCUAAGGUCCUUUACCUUGGAGCUGCAUCAGGAACCACAGUGUCUCAUGUUUCCGAUCUUGUUGGUCCUGGUGGGGUGGUAUAUGCAGUUGAAUUUUCUCACAGAAGUGGAAGGGACUUGGUAAACAUGGCUAAGAAACGCACUAAUGUUAUCCCCAUUAUUGAGGAUGCUAGACACCCAGCAAAAUACAGAAUGCUUGUCGGAAUGGUGGAUGUGAUAUUUUCUGAUGUUGCUCAGCCUGAUCAGGCAAGAAUUUUAGCUCUGAAUGCAUCAUACUUCUUGAAAGCUGGAGGUCACUUUGUUAUAUCAAUCAAGGCCAACUGCAUAGAUUCAACAGUGCCAGCUGAGGCUGUAUUUGCUCAGGAAGUGAAAAAGCUACAAGCAGAGCAGUUUAAACCUAUGGAGCAGGUCACCCUUGAACCCUUUGAAAGGGACCACGCCUGUGUUGUGGGUGCCUAUCGGGUGCCAAAGAAGCAGAAGGCUGGUGCCUAGAUGAUUUAAGCUCAUGCUGUUUGUUAGUGUCAGUUUUAUGGUAGGAGGUUUUUAAAACACUCAGUAAGCUAGUGUCAACAUUAUAUUUUUGAUGGAUGUGUAAUGAGAUUUUGGUUCUCUAUGUUAUUGUUCAUAUAUGUUUGGUUCUAUC